AUGGUUGCACUAAGGAACAUCCUGGGCAUCUUCGCAGAGGGUGAGCUGCGUUCGCGCAAGCCACGGGGCACCGCUGCUUCGACAGGGGAUUUGACCAAGGGCAUCAGCUUCGUGCGGGGGCAAACAUUGCAGCCUACCUCGGUACCAGCCCCAGCGAAGGAAGAGAAAGAAGAGAAAGACGCGAAGGAUGAUGCUGAUGAUGCAGAUUCCGAUGUGGACAGCCGAUUUGUCCUCGAUGCCAGUGUUCCCAAUGGCAACUUCAAGCCUGCCGUGGAGGGACCCAAGCUUCCUGCGCGCAACAAGUUGUCCUUCAACCAGAUGUCCAGUAGCUACGGCAAAGGUUUUGCCAUGUUGCAGAAAAUGGGCUUCACUGGAGGUGGGCUGGGAAAGCACAACGACGGCAUCGCGAAUCCUAUUGAGGUGCAAAAGCGGCAGAGCAAGCGUGCGUUGCAAGAUGAUGGGGAGAUGGUGGAUCAAGACCUCUAUGGAAAUGAAGGUGGCCGACGUACAGUGGAGGAGCUGCUGUCCAUGGACCGGGCACCUGAGAAGAAGUCCACGGAACCCAAAAUCAGCGAUGGAUGGAAGAGAGAUGGCAAGCCAAAGAAGCAGAAGACCAUCUACAAGACAGCAGAAGAGAAUGCAGGCGAGGUGCCCGCCAUGCGCAUUGUCGACAUGCGCGGCCCGGAGGUCAAGGUGGCCUCCUCCUUUGCUGAGCUGGCGGCCAACCUGUCAGGUGAUUCCGUGCGAAGCCUCAAGGAGUUUCGCCACAACACACGUCUCUUGGUGUCGCGCUACGAGGACAAGGUGCGAUUGGCAGCGGAGCGCAAGAGGCACUGCGAGAACGUCAUCCUUUCGGCCGCCAAGGAGCAGGAGAGGCUCCAGGCGGCAGAUAACAUCAGUGAAGCUGAUGUGAAAGGCUGCAAGGAGUUGGUGGUGGAAAUGGAGUCUUUGAGGGAACGACAGGAUGAAGGAAGCAUCGGCUUGAGCGAACUGGCCGAGACCUUUCACCGCUUAGAAAGAUCGCGACCCAAAGAGUUUCAUUUGUUGCAAGCCAUCGACGUCGCCUUCGCCUUGGCCCUACCCACGGCCAAGCGGGAACUGUCCACCUGGCAACCCUUCAAAGCCCCGGAGCUGGUGCUGAAAGCCAUGGCCAAAUGGCAAGACUUGGGCGACAAGGAGCGCUUUUCGGCUCUGCUGGAUGCCUCGUUGAUUCCCCAGCUCCGCAAGGCGCUGGUUGCCUGGGCCCCCAGGGAUUUCGAGCCCUGCAUUCGAUUGAUGGAAACCUGCCAGCGGCUGCUGCGGACGGAGGUGGCAGAUUCCCUGGUGGCAGAGGUGGUGCUCCCCAGAUUAAGAUCUGAGAUUGAAGUCUGGGAUCCGCGCAUCGAUCAGAGAUCAGCGCAUUUGUGGUUGCAUCCAUGGCUGCCCUUGUUGGGACGGAAGAUGGAGAUGCUUUGGACGCCUAUCAGGUUCAAGAUCUCCAGUUGCUUGGAAAAGUGGGAUCCCAGUGACCCUUCGGCUCAUGGUCUUCUAAAACCCUGGCAACAGGUCUUUGAUCCCGCCAAUUGGGAUCCGCUCAUCGAGAAGGUUCUGGGGCGACUGGAACGCUCCUUGCAGGAGACGCCCAUCAAACCCGAUGGUCAGGACCUCACGGCCGUCAAGAGCCUCCUUCGCUGGCUGGAUCUGGCACCGCUGGAGAAUGUGGCGCGAGUCCUGGAGACCGCCCUCUUCCCGCAGUGGCACGGUGCCCUGAAGCGCUGGCUGAGAACUGAAGGCUGCAACUUUACGGAGGUCCUGCAGUGGUACCAGGGUUGGAAGGCCCUGUUCCCUCCAGAGCUGCGGGAGCAGCUGGUGGUGCAGCGGCAUUUGGCGCAUGGCCUUGAGGUGAUGAAGCACGUCAUGGCCGGCGGCGAGGCUCUUGGCCCCGAGGAGCCAACAAGGGCCGGGGCAGAGAAGGCAACAGCGAACAGCAGGUUGCCAGUGGAAGAGGUGAGCUUGAGCUUGAGCGACUAUGUCACCCAAGUUGCAGCAGAAGAGGGGCUCAUCUUCCUGCCCAAGAAACAGCAACGCAAUGGCAAGCAUGUCUACCAGCUUGGAGCGGCCACUAUCCAGUUGGAUAAGAACCUCGUCUACGUGGCACCCAGAGGUGGCGAAGGUGAGUGGAAGGCCGCCUCCAUGGAUGAGCUGUUGAAGUUGGCUAAAGCCACCAAGAAAUGACUGGGCCGGACAGCCGAGGUUGGCCCAGUGCAGCUUGAAGGGCCAUGAAGUGUGGCUC